AUGGCCGACACUCCCGUUACCCUGCGGACUCGCAAGUUCAUCCGCAACCCCCUGCUUGGCAGAAAGCAGAUGGUCGUGGACGUCCUCCACCCCAACCGCGCCAACGUCUCUAAGGAUGAACUCCGCGACAAGCUCGCCGACCUGUACAAGUCCAACAAGGAUCAGGUCUCCGUUUUCGGCUUCCGUACGCAAUACGGUGGUGGCAAGAGCACUGGUUUCGCCCUCGUCUACGACUCCGCCGAGGCCCUGAAGAAGUUCGAGCCCAAGUACCGCCUCAUCCGGAUUGGUGCUGCCACCAAGGCCGAGAGGCCCAGCAGACAGCAGCGCAAGCAACGGAAGAACCGCUCCAAGAAGUUCCGCGGCACCGCCAAGACCAAGGGCCCCAAGAAGAGCAAGAACUAA